AUGCCGCGAACGUGCUCCGGCUGGCAUCGAUACGCAGAUUCUGAAUGGAACCGCGAUGACAUUGACAAGAACUCGUUGAAGUCUCACGUGCUGCCUUAUACGCGCGAUCGAGGAAGACAGAAAGACAGGCCCAGAUCUGUGCAAACCUCUCCCGCGAAAUCAACAAGCUCUGGGAGAUCAUUUGGAGAUGUAUUCGACAAUGAUCCGGUUCAGGCACCAGCAGGUGCAUUGUGCAGCCUUGAGGAGGAGGAGGAAAAUGAAAUUCUAAACGGUGAAGCGAGAGAAACGUGUUCCUUCAACUCUCAACUGUCCAAGACACUUCCGCAGAUACUUGCAGACAAAGGUGCUCUAGGUUAUUUCAUUCAGUUUAUGGAGAUGCAAAACUGCAUAGCGCUCAUCAAGUUCUGGUUGGAAGUGGAAUGCUUGUGCAGUUCGUUCAACGUGUUGGAAAACAAAGUGGAGAAUGUCGAAUGUUUGAAUUGUGCGAGGAGUACCAAUAGCAUUACCAAUUCGAUGAACAACAAUGAAAAUUUCCAAUGCCACGCGGCGCAGAACAACGUCAACAGUCAUGAGGGCAAGAAACUGCUGCUUGACGAAUAUGUAAAUAGCAAUGAUAUGAAAUCAAAUUGCAACGACAUGCCAAAGACUAGUCAAACCAUAAGCAAAACGCGACAAUCAAAUCACGACUGCAUCAGAAAAGAUAUGACCACCAUUAGGCAGGAUGCAUUAAGAAUUCACAAGAAGUAUAUUACUAAGGAUAUUCUCGGUGCAAAUCAGAUCCCUGAAGAUCUGCAGGUGAAAAUGGAGAAAGUUCUCAACUGUGAAAACAUUGAGCCUAUGUUGCAGUGCCUGUCAGCCGUACAAAAGAUUGUAUAUCAGACAUUAGAAAAUGAACACAUUAACGACUUUUUACGAAGUGAAUUUCACUGCAAACAUCAGAUUGAUGUUCUUACAAGUGGCAACGUACAGUUGGCAGAUAUAUUGUACAACGAAACUGCUUUCUUUUACUUUAUGGAGUUCAUGGAGCUUGAAAAUAAACGUGAACUGUUAGACUUUUGGAUGUCAGCCAUGAGUUAUAAACAAAAUUUACUAGAGAAGAAAGGUGCUGCAAAUCCUGAAGAAGCACAAGCUGAUGCUCUAAUUAUUUAUGACAAAUAUUUUAGCUUACAAGCAACGAUGCCCCUUGGUUUUAGUGACAAAAUUCGUUUCCAAGUCGAGCAAAACAUUUGUCGCGAGAACGGAGAGGGACCGCAACCUGAUUGCUUCGAUAAACCAUGUAGAAUUGUAUAUAAUUUCUUGAGUAAGUAUUAUCUACCUACUUUCUUAUCAUCUCAGUUAUAUUACAAAUAUUUAUCAGAAUUAAUCAGUACUAUACAAAGCAGUCCAUGUUCGAAUUUACAUCUCAGGCUAAAAAGAGCAGGUUCUGAUUGUAGUAGCGAGGUCAGUUCUGUUAGUAUUAAUAUGCAGAAUACCCUGCAGGCAGGGAAUGAAGGAAAUAGAUUGAGCAAUAAUAAAAAUAUUACCAGUGGUAUGAACAUUGAUACCAGACAACUGUAUGAUCCAGAUUCUUUGUGGAAACGUAACAAAUAUAGGUAAUUGAUGAAGUAAAAAUAUUGUGCAAUAAACAUUCCAAGAACGUCUGAUUUAUUUUAUAGUUUGAGCGUCGGUUAUAUUGAUAAUCUAGGCAGAUUCAUUACUGAAAUAGAGCCUGAUCCUCAAAGGAAAUAUGGUGAGUUAUUUACUUAAUUGUUUCAAUUGUAUCAAUAUAUCAUAUAUAUAAAAUUGUUAAUAAUGUAUAAUUUUAGAAUCUCGAUUAACACGUGCUGUAAAAAGACUUGUAAAUAUGGAGCAGGAUAAGGUAAAUUUCACGUUUAUCAGUAAUAUUAUUAUAUAAAGUAAUUAUGUGAUGUAUAAAUUUCAAUUAUAAUCAAAAUAAUUAGGCUAAAGAGGAGUUAGCAUGGAAGAUUGCCGAGAUGAUCAUUCGUGAGAUCACCUCUUUGACUUUAGGAACCUCGAAUUUUCCAUCUUGA